AACAAUGUGCACAUUGGGGGCGGCCUUCAAACACCGGAGCACAGAGCGCACGGUUAUAGCAUCAUUGCUCGCUUAUUUGUGUGGAGUCCAUUGCCUGCAGCCUAGCCUACUAUUCGACCUGCAAUUCCAAGAUGCCUUCCUACAAGGUGAUUUACUUUAACGGCCGUGGGUACGCCGAGACCACGCGCAUGAUGCUGGCUCAUGUCGGCCAGGAGUUUGAGGAUGUACGGUACACUCAAGAGGAAUGGCUCGAGCACAAACCGAAUGUGCCUUUGCAGCAGCUGCCUAACCUGGAAGUCGACGGGAAGAUCAUUCCCCAGAGCCGGGCCAUACAUGGCUUUGUGGCCAGAGAGUUCGGCUUGAAUGGUGCGAGCAACGAGGAAACAACUAAGAUCGACAUAAUCUUGGGAACGCUUGAAGAUAUUAGCAGGCAUAUGCAAAGCGGUGAGACGGACGAAGAGAAGAAGAAAGAAAAGUUGGCCGAAUUUUAUGCGCAGACUGCUCCCAAGUAUUUAACGGGGCUCGAGAAGAUGCUGGCAGACAACAAUGAUGGUGACGGAUUCUUCGUCGGCUCUAAGAUCUCUCGUGCUGACAUCUUCUUUUACGUCGUCACGGAAUACCUGGCCGAGGAUGAACUCAAGAAGUACCCUAAGCUUGUUGCUCUCAAGGAGCGCGUCGCCAAGGACGCCAAUAUCGCUGCUUGGCUGGCCAAACGUCCGCAGACGCCGUGGUAGAAAGAUGAUCCAGAGUACAGCAUGAUUGACAGCUUUGACAGUUGAUAAUUAUAGAUCGAUAGAUACAUUUGUAAAAAUCACCACAUUACACAAUUGUCAUGUUUGUUUGGUCAACUUGAUAUUAUAGACACUGCCACAAUGCACACGAUCAUUUCACAAAUGUCGUGACGUCAGUAAACUGCCAUUAAAUAUAUAAUUGUACUUAAUCUGAGGGAUCUGAGGCAAUAAUAUACAAGAUAAGGUGGAAUUUGAAUCAUGCUUGCGGUCAAUUUUUAUUCUUAGUAGUUAAGCAAAUAAACACUAUAUUUUCAGAGACAAAGAAUUGUUUAGAAGCAAAGUCGGUACGCUUUUCGUGAACUACUUCAGUUACAAGAACACAUACGGUCAGGAAGUUGAAUAGGGCUAUCCCUAACAGUCCUGAAGCCUCCAAUUCCAAUACGAUUUGCACACCCCCUAGGGAGUUGGGGUUAACAAAAUCUAAUAUCACCUGUUCAUUUAAAGGUGUUUUUAAUACCUAUACCUACAUUAUCUUUAAAAGCAGCUGUUCCAUUGAAUUAGAGGCUGAUGAAUGGAAAUUACAUAAGUAUAAAACCAAAUUUAAUUUGGUCUAAACAUUAAAGUGUCCCAAAGUUAUACUAUGAUACAUUGUAGCAAACAAGAUGGGAAAAGUGCCUGUGUGGACGGUAAUUCUGUCCCCCGUCCGGGGGACAGAAUUACCUAGGUAAAAGUGUCCUCCCCGGCCCGUUAAUUCUGUCCCCCUUCAGGUAAUUCUUUCCCCUCGAGGUUUGUCCCCCUAGUUUUGCAAUGCAGAAGGCCAGUAAUUCCCUACAUUGUUUUAAUGAAUUCAUACAAGCUAUACAUUUUUUUACUUUUUAGUAAGCCCUUCAUGAAGAUGAAUAAAAUUAACUUUUUGGUCUCUUUGUGAAAUGUGAACAAUAUGUUUCGAUCGACUCGGACUCGGAGUACGGUGAAAUUACAGCAAGGUCGUGCACUACAGUAGCCCUUUUCUACGGUGGACGCCUCAUUGAUAUAACGCCUACUUGGAUUGGUCUAAAUGGCUGCCAUCCUUGUGAAAUAGUUCAGUCGCAAAAGAACAGUCGAAAAUUUAACAAAAGCAGCUGUUCCCUUUAUGUUACUUCUGGGCUUAUGAAUAUGGAAAUUAUAAUAAGCAUACAGCGAAAUAUAACUUGAUCAAGGCAUAAUUACCCCCAAUUACAUUACAACAAAUAGCGAUGCAUUCCAGCGAACUUCAUGUAGAUAUUAAAGGGCCAGAGAGACAAUUUUUCUACAU